CGCACACUUACUUUCGCAAACACUCGCCGGCAGUAUUCGUUCGCCGGGCCCCGCCAGCACCACCACAGAUGCCCUUACCUGACCGCGUACUCCGCUCCGAACUCCCGACAAAAAAAUAAAAGGCGCGCGUCGGGAACGAAAGCGCAUCGCCGUGUUUGAGUAGCGAUCCCCGCUAUCCUGGUUAUUCCUCUCUCGCGGUCGUCUUCAGGCCACAUUCAAGCCGCGUUAGCACCACGUCCGGACCCCGUUUUCCCCGCUCUCGCAAGGGACGACCAGCGCUUGCAUCCUGGCAGCUCGCUGUGGCCAGCUUUAGGCGGCCCACAAGCCACCAGUGCUGUAGGUGUCACCAGGCGCCUGCCGCUCACAGCUGCGGGGUCACCAGCGUGUGGAGGAGAGGAGGCGCCCAUGGGCGGCGUCGACGGCGCGCUGGCGGGGGCUGGCGGGGCGGGCAGGGCUGGCGAUGGCCGCGUGGUGUGCGUGACGUGCGGGGCGCGGCGAGAGCAGCUGUACCGCGUGCAUUCGCCUGGCAGCAUCGAAGUGCUCAAAUGCGGUGCAUGUGGCGCCGUUGCCGACCCCUAUGUGGAGUGUGACCCGCUGCUCGUGCUUUUAGACGUGCUUCUAUUGAAGCCUCAGGCGCACCGGCACGUGGUGCACAACCUGAUUCUCGCCUCGCCGCUGCCAAGCCUUCGCCCCCUGUGUCUCUCCAUGGCCAUGAUCCUGCUCUGCCAUGCCACGCUGCUCGUGUUCCGUGCGGCUCAAGGGCUCAGAGUCGACCCUGCGGACCUCAUCUCCCUCCCCAUCAUGGCUCAGGGUGUGGCGGUCUCUCUGCUCUCCAAGCUUCUCUUCCUCGCUCUAGUCUUCUUCUCCCUGCCCGCUGCCCGCCACUUGCUGAGCUGGCUCCCUGCAAUUGGUCCACCUCACACAGGCAGCACUCAAGAAAGGCCACAGAAACACAGAAGACUCGUUGUGCCCUUCCCCUGUGUCUUCUACAGCCUCCUCCUCUCCAGCCCCCCGGAGUGCCUCGCCCUCCCACUUCUGAUAUGGAAGUACGAGUGGGGUAUGCUCUUCUUAUCUGUGCAAGUGCUGCUCUUCGUCUCACACAUCGCAUCGCUACAAGCUGUGUCCUUCAUCCCAUGGCCAGCAGCAGCGGCAAGCAUAGCAUGUGGCCACGUAGCCAUACAGGCGUUUGAGAGCAGAGCAUGUGCAAUGCUUGCACAGAGUUACUGGGUGCCCAGAUAAGCUGCCGUUUGGCAGGGUACAAGUGUUAUGAGCGGCCCCUGCAAAAUAGGCGUAGCACUUGCUUCGUUUAAUCUCACCGUUUCACUACCGGGUAGUCUUGCAAUGCAAUGGCUGCAAAACGUUGUGGAUAUAUUGGCGAACCCAAAAGCGUGGGUGUAUCAUACUUGAAAGUUGAACAUAUCGGAU